AUGGCCGUCACUCUACCAGUACUGGUAGAGUAUUAUCAACGGGUGGGUUUAUCGGGAGUUGGUCAGCAGGCAAGAGAACUCAAGGAGUUAAUCUCGGCACAAAUUACUCAAUUGCAGAUGGCCGUUGAGAAAAUGGGCAAUGAAUUCAGCCUUAGACAGGUACUGGAGGAGAAGGACAAGAUCAUAGAGGAUCAGAAGAAGAAGAUUGGGAAUUUACAAUGUACUUCAGUAACGGACGCUCUCAAAUAUUCAAGAUUAGAGCACCAAUUCAAGAAGACCCAAGCGGAAUGGGCCAACGAAAACAAGUUCGCAAAGAGUCUGAUAGAGCUUACCAAGCAGGAGUGUAUGGAGUUACGGAACCAAUACCAGGAGCAGAAGAAUAGGGUGGCGGAAUUGGAAGCCGGGAGAUCCAAAUUGGAGGACGAUUUUCGGAGACAAUCGGAGAGCUCGAAGUUGGAGAACGAACAAUUGAAGAGAAGGAUUGCCGAAUUGGAGGCAGAAAUGAUUACAGUUACCACGCAGCAGGGAGAGGUCAAUCCAGCAAGUACAUCUUUACAGGAAUUAGAGAAACAGGUUCGGGAAUUGGGAGCACUUAACGAGGACUUGACAGCUUUAUUGAACGGAGAGCAAGUGGGAGAGGGAGUUGGAGAAGAAGCUCAAGAAGUCGAAACCAAUCUCACUUAUGGAAAUGAUGAAACGGACCAAGGCGGACCAGAGGUUCAGACAUUGGAGGAAGCCAAUGAUGUGGUGAUAUUGUAA